UUCGCUCGCAAAGUUUCGAGGGGCGGAGGCGGCGGCGUCACCAUUGGCUGGAUGUGCCAGCUCGCCUAGCGUUUAUCAGCUCGCCUUUCAAACUGGGAACAACAAGGAUCCUGCAAACUUCUGAGCAGCGCACCUGGAAAAGAAUUUCUGCUUGGAAAUUGAAUGGCUCCUGAGAAAAUGACCAACUUUAUUGUUUCGGACUCUAACUAUGCUGAGCUGGUUUUAGAUGUGGGAAAAGUCACUUUGGGGGAGAAGAAGAGAAAAAAAAUGAGAGAUUCUCAACUGAGAAAAAAGCAGAAUGAAAACCUCUCAAAAUGUGUGAUUACUUUGCUGAAUUCUGGAGGGGGGAUGAGCAAGAUUGAAAUUGAGAAUGAAGAUUAUAGUUAUGAAAAAGAUGGAAUAGGAUUAGAUUUGGAACAUUCUUUAGCCGAUAUGGUUCCAAUUGUUCAUAAAUACUUUGACUUUAUGAAACAAGGUAAAUAUUUUCUGAUUUUUGUCAAAUCGUGGAGCUCCAAAAUCCCUGGGAUGAAGAUUGCCACCUUGAGUUCCAAUUUGUACAAAAGAGAUAUAACCUCUGUAAAUGUCAUGAAUGCUACCGUGGCACUGGAAUUCCUCAAAGACAGGGUAGAAACUAGAGAGAGAUUUUCUUUAAUGUUGAAAUCAUCUUCAAAGAGGUGCCGAGAAGAAACAGAAGAAAGUAGCACAAAGUCCUUGGCUUCUGACUUUUUUAAUAAGACGCAACUCGGGUACAGAGAAAAACUCACCUUUACUGAAUCCACAUAUGUGGAAAUUAAAGACUUCUCAACACAAAAGCUGUUACAACGCAUUAAAGAGAUUCUCCCUCAGAACGUUUCUGCAUUUGCAAAUACUCGUGGGGGGUAUUUGUUUAUUGGUUUAAGUGAAGAAAAACAAGAAGUAAUUGGCUUUAAAGCAGAGAAGAGUGACCUUGACAAGUUAGAAAGAGAAAUAGAAAAAUGCAUCAGCAAGUUGCCUGUCUAUCACUUCUGUAUGGAGAAGAAGAAGAUAAAUUAUUUAUGCAAAUUCCUUGAGGUAUACGACGAAGAAAAUCUUUGUGGAUAUGUCUGUAUGCUCAAAAUAGAGCCGUUCUGUUGUGCAGUGUUUGCCAAAAAGCCGGAUUCCUGGCAUGUGAAAGACAAUCAAGUGAUGCAGCUGUCCGUGGAGGAGUGGGUGCAAUUAAUGAUGGAUCCUGAGCCAGAUUUUUCCAGGUUGCUUGAAGAGUUGAACCUUCAACGAAGUAUGUUAUCACCAAUUCCCCAUGAUUGGUCUGUUGAUAAAGUGCCAUCAGAAAAGGUGACGUAUAUUCCAGAAAUCCUCUGCAAGAGACUGUUCUCACAACAUGAAGGACUUGCACAGUUAAUACGUAAAGAAAUGGGCUCUGUUCAUCAUGGUACAUUGAUCUUUUCUAAGAGUUGGUCUUUGGAUCUGGACUUGCAAGAGAACCAGAGUGUCAUCUGUGAUGCACUUCUAAUUUCCCAGGACCGUCCACCAGUCUUAUACACCUUCCUUAGGGAACUGAAUGAGGAACUAAAAGGUUAUUCUAUACAAACUGCCUUAACUUUAAAGAAGAAACUGGUAAAAAUUGGUGGCUACACUGGUAAAGUGUGUGUCAUGACAAAGAUCUACUGGAGUGAAGAAUCUUCUAUAUUAACUGAAGGCAGUGCAAGACUUCUUCAUGAUUCAAGCUUAUCUGCAAUUUACCCUAAGUCCUACACCCUUAUAACCAGUCAAACAAUGAACGACUUAAAGAAGGCCCUUUUUAUAGUCUUGAAGAGACUUGGAACUUUGAGUGAUAAAUUUGAUUCUGAGAUUUUUCAACAUCUCUUGAGCAAUCAGCAUGGAUUACUUUCUGAGGAAUGACAAAAGGUUGUUUAAAUAUCGUCCAGUUCAGUUUAGUUGCUCAGUUGUGUCCGACUCUUUGCAACCCCACAGACUGCAGCACGCUGGCUUCCCUGUCCUUUGCCAUCUCUCGGAGUUUGCUCAAACUCAUGUCUAUCAAGUCGGUGAUGCCAUUCAAUCAUCUCAUCCUCUGUCGUGCCCUUCUCGUCCUGUCUUCAAUCUUUCCCAGCAGCAGGUUCUUUUCUCAUGAGUCAGCUCUUUGCAUCAGGCAGCCAAAGUAUUCAGCUUCAGCACCAAUCCUUCCAAUAAAUAUUCAGGACUGAUUUCCUUUAGAAUUGACUGGUUGGAUCUCCUUGCAGUCCAAGGGACUCUCAAGAAUCUUCUCCAACAGCACAGUUCAAAAGCAUCAAUUCUUCGGCGCUCAGCUUUCUUUAUGGUCCAAUUCUCACAUCCAUACAUGACUACUAGAAAAACCAUAGCUUUGACUAGAUGGACCUUUGUUGGCAAAGCUUUUUAAUGUGCUGUCUUGGUUUGUCAUAGCUUUUCUUCCGAGGAGCAAGUGUCUUUUUAUCUCACGGGUACAGUCACCAUCUGCAGUGAUUUUGGAGCCCAAGAAAAUCUUGUGCAAGGCUCAUCUGAAUCAUGAAAAGUGGACCAGGCUACAAAGGCUACAUUUUUCAUUAUGUCGUCAAUGUUAUUCUCAAAUAAUGUGAAAAUAUACCUCUGAAAAACUUUGCAAGGAAAACAACUUGAUAGGAUCUUGGAAAGUCUAAUUUAAUUUUCAAUUUGUUUCUUUCUAAAUGGUUUUCAUAGGUGUUACUCAAGACUUUUUGUUGUUAUUUAGUCUCUAAAUUGUACCCGACACUUUUGCAACCUCAUGAACUGUAGCCCACCAGGCUCCUCUGUCCGUGGGAUUUCCCAGGCAGGAAUACUGGAGUGGGUUGCCAUUUCCUUCUCCAGGGGAUCUUUCCAACCCAGGGAUCAAACUUGCAUCUCCUGCUUGGCAGGCAGAUUCUUUACCACCGAGCCCUCUGGAAAGCCCCUUUAAGAGUUAUUAGGAAAAUCAAUUUGUUAAUUACUCUGUGCAUAGUUCAUGGAUAAGUUUUCUUCCACUUUUAAGUUGCAAAAAAUUUCAAUACUUUUAUUUUUAACAACAGCAAUGGAAAUUUCCAAGACGUACCCAGAAAACCUUUAUAACUUAGAAAAGAUUAUAAUUAUGAUGUUUACAAUCUUUAUAAGGAAAUGAAGAAGAAUCCAAAAUUUGUUUCCCCUCCCUGCAAAAUUCUCUGAAUCUUCUUGGACUACUUUUACACUGUUCUCUAGGAGAAGUUAUGACGUUUCUAAUUACUCAGCUGGCAUCCUUAAGAACUCAGCGGAAUAGUCAGUUUAACAUGCGGAAUUGAAGAUGAUAUAGUCUCCCAGACAAACAAAAGCUAAAGAAGUUCAUCACCACUAGACUGGUGCUGCAAGAAAUGUGACAGGGACUUAAGCUGAAAUGAAAGGGUGCUAAUUAGCACAGAUGGUCUCUGUCUUAGAAUGGUUCAACUUAGGAUUUCUUGACUUUAUGAUGGUACAGAAGCACGUCACAUUCCGUAGAAACUAUACUUCGAAUUUUGAAUUUUGAUCUUUCCUUGAGCUAGUUGUAUGUGAUACAAUAUUUUCGUAUGAUGCCGGGCACUGGCAGUGAGCCACAACUCCCAGUCAGCCAUGCGAUCAUGAGGGUAAACAAUCAACACUCUAUAGUGUACUGUGUCACUUCCUGCUUCUGAUGUGGAGAAGAGGAAAGCAAUUACUCUUGAGAUGAAACUCAAGAUAAUUUCCCUGCGUGAAAGUGGCAAGUCAGUAACGGCCAUCGCAUGUGAAUUAGGACUUUCACAAUUGAUGAUCUCGACCGUCUUAAAGGAUAAGCGAAUCGGUGAUGCAGUGAAAUUGUCAGCAUUGGUUAAAUCCACUGUCUUUGCGAAGAAAUUACCUGGGCUAAUUGAUGAUAUGGGAAAAUUUCUCGACACUAGAAUGGAAGACCAGAUACAGAGGCGCACUCCACGUAGUCUACUGAGGCAAGUUUUUUACAUACACUUAAAGAGUAUGCUGACGAUCUUACACAUACGGGAAUGUUUAUAGUGAGUAAAUGUCCAGUGUUUCAAGAGGCGUUGUUAUUUUCAUAAUGUGAAGGUCGGUGGUGAGGCAGCAGGUUGCUGAUACCAAAGUGUUUAAGGAAGUGCCAAAGCAUUUAAGGAAGAGCUGCGUAGAAUAAUUGUCAAUGAGAACACAUAUGUAAUGUUGAUGAAAUCAGCUUGUUCUGAAAACAUAUGCCAGAGCAUACGUACAUUCAUCAAAAGUCCAAGACAAUGCCAGGAUUCAAGGCUUUCGAAGACGAUACAAUGCUGCUUUGGGAUAGAGAUGUUGUAAGGUUCAAGUUAAAGCCUUUCUUAACCUACCACUUGGAAAACCCUAGAGCAUGUAGGAAUAUGAGAAAACAUAUAGGUUCAGUUCAGUCCAGUCGCUCAGUCAUGUCCGACUCUUUGCCACUCCAUGGACUGCGGCACGUCAGGCUUCCCUGUCCAUCACCAACUCCCAGAGCCUGCUCAAAAAAAGCAUAUACUUCCCAUUUAUUGUUGCUGUAACAGGGAAGCCUGGAUGACAUUAGUAUUGUUUGAAAACUGGUUUUUGAACUGUCUUAUUCUGCACACAAGACAAUGUCGCAGGCAAAACAUUCAAUUUAAGACCCUUCUGAUCUUAGACAAUGCCCCAAGGCAUCCACGUCAUAUCAGCAGUGUGCUAUAAAAGCUGUGUAUUUGCUACUGAACACAACGGUGUUCACAAUGGACCAAGGUGCAACAGCUACGUUCAAAGCAUCCUAUUUAUGCCAAAGGUUUGCAUAUGCUUUUGAAGUGGUGAAUCUGGCCAAACACUCUCAGAGAUUUGGAAAGAUUUUCACAUGCUGAAUCUAUCCGGAGCAUUGUUGUAUUGUGUGUCAAAGUCACACAGCAAUGAAUGAAGACAUAUGUGAAUAUUCAAAUGAUUCUGCGGUUGAUGAAAUAUUAAGUAACAAGAUAUUCUGUUGUUGUCUAGUCACUAAGUCGUGUCCGACCCUUUUGUGACCCCAUGGACUGUAGCCUGCCAGGCUCCUCUGUCCAUGGGAUUUUCCAGGCAAGAAUACUGGAGUGGGUUGCCAUUUCCUUCUCCAGGGGAUCUUCCUGAACCAGGGAUUGAACCUGUGUCUCCUGCUUGGCAGGCAGAUUCUCUACCACUGAGCCACCUCACAAAACACUAGUGCUUGAGAAACAUCUAGAAUUGGACAUUGAUAUAGAGGAUAUUCAUGAGCUUUGGUGGCAUCAAAGCUGAAGAGCUUUCCAGGGAGGAGCUCAUCAAACUGGAGGGAAAAAUAGUAAAGAAGUUGGGGGACUUCCCUGGCCAUCCAGCGGUUAAGACUUUGCCUUUCAAAGAAGAGGGUGUGGGUUUUAUCCCUGGUCGGGCAGCUAAGAUCCCACAUGCCUCAAGGCCAAAAUUCCAAAACAUAAAAUAGAAGCAAUAUUGUAACAAAUUCAAUAAAAAACUUUUUAAAAGGUAACGAAGUUGAGGCAGAGGAAGAAGUUAUACCAAGGCACCAAGAGAGUUAACAGCAAAGAAACUGGCAGAGACAUUUACUACUGUGAGCAGGGGCAUAUGGAUAUUAGAAGAAAUGGAUGUCAAUUACAAGAGGUUCUCAAGAGCUCACAGGCAGAUACAGGAUGCUCUUAUUUGCUGUAGGGAAAUUCAUGAUGAAAAGAAGAAACAAACUAUACAAUCAAAGCUUGAAACCUUCCUAAAGAAUACUGUGCCUAAUUAACCAUCAGCAAGUGUAGAUGCCCCAGUGCCUCCUACCAGCUAUUCUCAAGCCUCAUCGAGAGAGAAUUGAUGAUCCUGUCACUGUAGCAUCAAUAUCAUCCAGCAAUUGAUUUUAGUUCAAUGUUUCAAACAUUCUUCAGGCCUGCUGCGCUUUCAGCUGUCUGCUUUGAUGGGUCUUAGUUCCAGAACCAAGGAUUGAACCUGUGCCCCCUGCAGUGGAAGCACAGAUUCUUAAAAGCUGAACCACUGGGAAAUUCCCAGAUGUUUUUCAAAACCUACAAAGACCAGGGGGAAGCAUGAAUACAGCUCCUCCCUACUACAAAUUAUGCAGCCGAGUUCCCCACAUUUGAGGAAAUCGCAGGAGUGCAACACCUGGUGUGCAAUGGAUGAGCCUUGCCCUGGGAAAACCACCUUCAUGAUCACGUUAUCUCCCCUGUUGGAUUCCUGGAUCUUCCCGACUCAGAAGUCGAGCCAGGGUGUCCUGCAUUGCAGGUGGAUUCUUUGCCAGCAGAGCUACCAGAGAAGCGCAACUAUGUGAAAGUGAAGUCACUCAGUCGUGUCCAACUUUUUGCGACCCCGUGGACUGUAGCCAACCAGACUCCUCCAUCCAUGGGAUUCUCCAGGCAAGAAUACUGGAGUUUAAGGAGACCAAAGAGAUGUAAACAUUAAUUUCAGGGCAGAAGACCUGAGUAGACAUUUUCCCAAAGAAGACGUAGAAAUGGCUAUUAGGCACGUGAACAGAUACUCAGCAUCACUAAUCACUGCAUGUGGGCUCAGUCACUUCAGCCGAGUCUGACUCUUUGCGACCCCAUGGACUGUAGCCCGCCAGGCCCCUCUGUCCAUGGGAUUCUCCAGGCAAGAAUACUGGAGUGGGUUGCCAUGCCUUCCUCCAGAGGAUCUUCCUAACCCAGGGAUCGAACCUGUAUCUCACGUCUCCUGCAUUGGCAGGCGGGUUCUUUACCACUAGUGCCACCUUGGAAGCCCCACUAAUCAUUAUGGAAUCAUUAUAGAAAUGCAAAUUAAAGCCACAAUGUGAUAUCACCUCACACCUGUCAGAAUAGCUAUCGUCAAAGUAAGUAAAUAAAGUUGCUCAGUCGUGUCCGACUCUUUGCGACCCCAUGGACUGUAGCCUACCAGGCUUCUCAGUCCAUGGAAUUUUCCAGGCAAGAGUACUGGAGUGGGUUGCCAUUUCCUUCUCCAGGGGAUCUUUCCAACCCAGGGGUCGAGCCUGGGUCUCCCGCAUUCCAGCUUUACCAUCUGAGCCACCAGGGACGCUAUCAUCAAAAGUAUAGUACAAAUAACAAAUUUUGACGAGGAUGUGGAGAAAAGGGAACCCUUGUGCAUUGUUGGUGGGAAUGUAAACUAGUGCAGCCUUUAUGGAAAACAGUAUGGUAGCGUCUCAAAAAAACUGUAUGUAUGUAUUGUUGUAUGACUCAGCAGUUCCACUCCUGGGUUUAUAUCCAAAGAAAACAAAAACACUAAUUCGAAAAGAUACAUGCAUCCCAAUGUUCAUAGCAGCAUUAUUUGUAAUAGCCAAGAUAUGGAAACAACCUACGUGUCCAUCAAUAGAUGAAUGAGUAAAGAAGAUGUGGUACAUAUAUACACAAUGGAAUACUCCUCAGCCAUAAAAGAAGAAUGAAAUUCUGCCAUUUGCACCAACAUGAAUGGACUGCAGUACACCAGGUUUCCCUGUCCUUCACAAUCUUCUGGAGUUUGCUCAAACUCAUGACCAUUGAGUCGGUGAUGCCAUCCAACUAUCUCGUCUUCUGUCGUCCCCUUCUCCUCCUGCCUUCAGUCUUUCCCAGCAUCAGGGUCUUCUCCAAUGAGUUGGCUCUUCACAUCAGGUGGCCAAAGUAUUGGAGCUUCAGCUACAGCAUCAGUCCUUCCAAUGAAUAUUCAGGGUUGAUUUCCUUUAGGAUUGACUGGUUUGAUCUCCUUGCUGUCCAAGAUAUUCAUCAAAUAUAUGUAGAAUCUAAGAAAUAAACCAAACAAGUGUAUAACAAAACAGAAACAGAUACAGAGAACAAACUAGUGGUUACUAGUGGGGAGAGAGAGGGGAAGGGGCAUGGGAUUAAGAGGUGCAAACUACUGUGUAUGACAUAAAUAAGCAACAAGUAUAUAUUAUACAACACAGAGAAAUAUAGGCAUUAUUUUGUAAUACCAAAUGGAACAUAAUUUGUAAAAAAAAUAAAUCACUAUGUUGAACACAUGUAACUAAGAAAAUAUUGUAAAUAAACUAUACUUUGAUUUUUAAAGAAUUUUUAAAAAUCAUCUGCUUUCUUUAU